GCUCACGGAUCCGCCCCCCGGGGGGACCCGGCGCCAGGCGGCGUCUCGCAAGCAAGCGGACAAGAACCCGCGUGCUUAUAAGCAGGCCCUCCCCUCCCGUCCCCAAAAAUUCCAGCCCUCCAUUUCUCCUAGCUCUAGCUAAGCUUCUCCCUCGCUUCCUCCCAAGAGGGCGCGAGCUUUAGUUUAGCGAUCACUCUCCCAUCAGCUCGUAGUUAAUUAGCGGAAGCUUAACUUGGGGAGGUUGAUCAGCAGUCGAGGCUGGCAGCUAGGGUUUUGUAGGGCGUGAUCGCCUCGCUCGCACGCCCGCUCGAUCGUCGGAGCAGGCCAAUGAUCAUGGCGAACCCCGCGAUGCUGCCGCCCGGCUUCCGGUUCCACCCGACGGACGAGGAGCUGAUCCUCCACUACCUCCGCAACCGCGCCGCCAACGCGGGGUGCCCCGUCGACAUCAUCGCCGACGUCGACAUCUACAAGUUCGAUCCAUGGGACCUGCCAUCCCGGGCGGCGUACGGGGACAAGGAGUGGUACUUCUUCAGCCCGCGCGACCGCAAGUACCCGAACGGGAUCCGGCCGAACCGCGCGGCGGGCUCCGGCUACUGGAAGGCCACCGGCACGGACAAGCCCAUCCACAGCGGCGCCGCCGGCGAGAGCGUCGGCGUCAAGAAGGCGCUCGUCUUCUACAAGGGGCGCCCGCCCAAGGGCACCAAGACCAACUGGAUCAUGCACGAGUACCGCCUCGCCGCCGACGCCCACGCCGCCCACGCCUACCGCCCCAUGAAGUUCCGCAACGCCUCCAUGAGGCUGGAUGACUGGGUGCUGUGCCGGAUCUACAAGAAGACCAGCCACGCGUCGCCGAUGGCGGUGCCGCCGCUCUCCGACCACGAGCAGGACGAGCCCUGCGGCUUCGACGAGAACCGCCCCUACUCCGCGUCGAGCGCCGGCAUGCUCGUGCAGCAGCAGGUGGCGUACCCGGUGCUGCACGCCGCGUCGUCCUCCGGCGCGCCGUCGAGGAUGCCCAGGAUCCCGUCCCUCACCGAGCUCUUCAACGAUCCCUCGCUGGCGCACUUCUUCGAGGACGGCGGCGUCCCGGACAUGGCGCGGCUCGACCAGCACCAGCACCACCAGCCCGGCGGCGGCGCCACUCUCCUCGGCCACCCCGUCACGAGCCAACUACUGAUCAACAAUAAUGGCAACAACCUGCUGUCCGCCGGGCAGAUGGAUUCGUCUGCCUCGACGUCGGCCGCCGCGGGCCACGGCGCCGCCUCUGGCAAUCGCAAGAGGUCAUCAGAGACGAGUACGAGUGCCGGCACGGCAUCCGCGGCCAAGAAACCGAACGGCUCCUGCUUCGGCGCAACGUUCCAAAUAGGCAACGGGCUGCAGGGGUCCCUGGGCCACCACAUGCUGCUCCAUUCUAACAUGGGGAUGAACUGACAGAUUGGUCUCCCCUGAAAGCUGCCGAAUCAGGGCGAAGAUAUAUAAAGCAAUGGUUAAUAAUAUAUAGGUAAAGGGAUUGUACUUGUAGGGUCCAGUAGUAGUGUCGACUAGGGACACCAUAGUUGAUUGGGUUUGUGGUGUGUAAACAUUUUGUUCUUUUUCUUCGUUCUGUAUACGUAGUAUACUGGUACUAUGUACUCAAGCUUAGUACUAGCUACUAGAAAGCUAACUAGCUAGGGCUUGAUAAGGCACCAACUGGAAGUCAAGAACAGGAGAAAGAUGUUGAUAUCCAACUGGCUUUAUUUGCUCAUAUACCUACAUGUAAAUCAUUGAUCAUAUGCAAAUAUAUAUUCUUCAAUGGAGUCAUACAUCA